AUGUCUGUAAAUGUCAGUUACGGCACGCUCAAAACGUCGACAGACAACUUGCGCCAGGCGUUUGAGCAAGUAGGCAAGGUGUGGGACAUAAUACCGGUUGAAUCGAAAAUCACUGGGCGGCUGUUGAAGCAAGCGAUCGUGCGGUUUUACGACGGCGAAUAUCAACCAGGUAGCACCCCGGAUGCUGCGCCAGUGCUCCCGCCGCCCACAGACAGCGAAGUACGCAAUGUGUCGGAUACAGCCAAAGCGGCUGUUGAUAGGCUGGAUAGGAUGGAGAUCAAUGGGUUUAGAAUUCGCGUGACGAUGCCCGAUAACGAAAGGCCGACGCAGCUCCACGAGUGGAGGCACAAUGACUUGUUCCCAAUCAACCCGUUUGCUGAGCCACCUCGCACUCCCGACGAUGACUACCGGCAGGGGUUCAUGACGGGAUUCAAGCUUGGUUUGAAAGACGGAUCUAAGAGCCAAUCAUGA